CAUCAGAAUUCAUAGCAAAAAUAAGGGUGCCAUUUCUGAUCUUACUACCAUAUACUCUCCAAUUAACUAUGGGCCGUAAUAUGUUGUUCAUCAUAGCUCUGGCAAUGGGAGCUAUAGCCUUAGGCGCUUCUCCUCUCGCUCGUGCAGAUCCCGACAUGUUGCAAGACUUUUGUGUGGCUGUCAAGGACUCUGAAGCUGAGGUGUUUGUGAAUGGAAAGAUUUGCAAGAACAUAACGGAAGUCACUGCCGAUGAUUUCUACUUACAAGCCCGGUUGAACAUCCCACGAAAUACAUCAAAUCGGUUAGGAUACACGAUCACACCAAUAAUAGUGGACAACCUACCAGGACUAAACACAUUGGGUGUUUCACUAGGGCGUGUGGACUUCGGGCCAUAUGGACUUAGUCCUCCACAG